CCGCCAAUUGUUGUUAUUUUUGCAGAAAAAAAAUUUAAACCAAAUAAAAAUUUUCUGCUUGUUUAACAAAAUUUAAUUAAACUUGUUAUUUUACUUGUUUGACUCUAAAUAAUAUUUUAUUAAACAAUUAUGGAAGAAGAUGCGCCAAGAGCUAAAAGACAACGUGUGGACAAAGCUGGUCGAUUUGCUGCCCUAGAAAAACUCAAAAAAUUAAAAGGCAGCAAAAAUAAGUGCGAAGUCGAAGAGGAUGUAGAUAACGUCUAUGAGAUUAUCGAUGAAAAAGACUAUGCAAAGCGAGCAAAAGAAAAAUAUGGUGAUCAUGAUUGGAUUGAAGAUGACGGAACUGGCUACACAGAAGAUUUAAGAGAUUUCUUCGAAGACGAAGAUUACUCUGAUGAAGAAAGUGGCAGUAGUCGAGCUGUUAAAGGCUCCAAAAAGCGACCUAGAGAUGAAUCAAAAGCUAAAGGUAAAGGUUCUAUAAGAAAUCUAUUUAGCAAUGCUGUGCCAAAGAAAAAAGAACCAUUGAUCAAAGUCGCCGAAGAUGAUGUUUUGGCUGAUAUUUUGGGUGAACUUGAUGAUGGUGGCGGGAAUAAAAGUGGAACGACCAAUGGAGAUUCAUCUAAAACUACGGGAUCUUCUCAAGGUACUUCAAAAGCCAAGCAAUCAGAUGCAGCUAUGGCCAAAGAGUAUAUGAACAGUUUUAUCAAUAAUAUAAAAAUGAAAGAAGAGACAAAGAAAACAAACGACAAUACGAGUGACGAUGAAAUGCUAGAAAAAAUCCUUAAACCACAGCCAAAACCAAAGCCCGUUGUUGAGUUGAAAACAGAAAUUAAUAAAAUUGAAAAAGUCGAAAAAGAAUCUAAAAGAAAGAAUCCAUUUAUUAAAGAAAACAAUAAAAAGCAGAAGGAAGAAGAUGAACAAAAGCCAAUAGCUUCUCCAGAACUUGAAGAUAUUCCAGAUGAUGAUAUGGAUUUUAGUAUCCUCAAUGACGAUGAAAAUCAAUUUGAGGAAAAGAUCCAAAGUCCUGUCAAGUCAAAAGUUAGUGCAAAAGUUGAAAAGGUUACCCCAAACAUUCAGUCGUCUAAACCUCAAACCAAUGCCGAAGAUGAUAUGAAAAACUUGCUAAAUAAUUGGGAGAACAUUUGCAAUAUGGACAAUUUUGAGGAAGAAAUAGCAGCAGCUGGAACAUCGUCAGAAGAAAGUGCUCUAAAUAGCGAAGAGCUUAAGUUUUAUUAUUGGGAGGCAUGGGAAGAUCCAAUCAGGAUUCCGGGUGAAGUAUUUCUGUUUGGAAAGUUACCUGGCAAAGAUGGCGGGACGAAUGCUUCUGAUGCAAAGUCUAUUUGUGUACGAGUUGAGGGUAUCCAGAGAGUUUUGUAUCUACUGCCGAGGGCAUUUAUGCUGGAUCCAAUAACGAAAGAGAAAACAAAACAAAAAGUUGAACUCACGGAUGUUUAUAAAGAAUUCGAAGAAGUGAUAUCAACUGAAAUUGGUGUCGAUGAAUUCCGAUCAAAGAGAGUAAAAAAGAACUUUGCCUAUCAUCCAAUUGAUGUUGAUGUUCCUGAAGUUUGUGAAUACAUUGAGAUUCACUACAGUGGAAAAAAAGGUCCACCAAAUACCAAGAAAGUCUAUAAUUCUAUUGCUCAUAUUUUUGGUGCAAAUACAAACUCUCUAGAGCGUUUCAUACUUGAUCGUAAAAUCAAAGGUCCUUGUUGGUUGAAACUGACAAAUUUCACCAUCAACAAAACUCCACAAAGUUGGUGUAAAACUGAAGUUACUUGUUCAUCCCCCAACUACGUUACUCUAGCUGAAAAUCAAAAGACUCCACCACCGCCAAUUUGUGUUCUAACAAUCAAUGUGCGAACUGCUCUUAAUCCAAAACUAAUGAAAAACGAAGUUGUGAUGAUUUCUUGUUUAGUUAACAAUAAGUUCAGUGUGGAUAAACCACCUCCGAAUCCUCCAUUUAAUCGACAUUUUUGUGGUUUCACUAGACCAGUAUCACAAAAUUGGCCCUUUGAUCUCAAUCUCAAGCUGUCUCAAUACAAAUCGACAAAAGCCAAGAAAAUGGAUUCUGAAAGAGCUCUUCUAAGUUGGUUUUUAGCAACUUAUCAGAGUAUUGAUCCCGAUUUGAUUGUCACUCAAGAUGCUGCUGAUUGCCAGCUAGAUGUUAUUUGUGAUCGAGUGUCAGCUUUGAAAAUUCAACUUUGGUCACGAUUGGGACGCCUGAGGAUGUCCCAGAGUUUUGGAAAGCGAACGUUAGACUUUUUCGUUGGUCGAAUGGUCUGUGAUGUUAAGAGAUCAGCAGAAGAAUUGAUUAAAUCAAGAAGUUUUGAUUUAAACACACUCUGUGUGAAUGUCCUUAAAAUUAAAGAAGGUGAACGAAUGGAUGUGAAUGAAGAUGAAUUACAUCAAAUGUUUGAAACUGGCGAUGGUAUUUUGAAACUUAUCACAUUGACUAUGCAGGAUUGUUCGUUUGUGUUAAGACUUAUGUGCGAAUUGAACGUAAUGCCGUUGGCCAUGCAAAUUACCAGUAUUUGUGGAAAUGUCAUGUCACGUACACUGCAAGGAGGUAGAUCAGAGAGAAACGAAUUUUUAUUGUUGCACGCUUUUAGUGAAAAGAACUAUAUUGUACCAGAUAAGAAAAAGCGAGAGUACACUAACUGGAAUAGCACUCAAAUUGAUUUAGCUGAUGGUGAUGCCACAAAAACAGCAGCAACUAGAAAAAAGGCUGCCUACUCUGGUGGUCUAGUUUUAGAACCAAUCAAAGGACUUUAUGAUAAAUUCAUUCUUCUCAUGGAUUUUAACUCUUUAUACCCAAGUAUUAUACAAGAGUACAAUAUAUGUUUCACAACAGUCCCCCAACCAGAUAAAGAUGAAGAGCUUGCCACUUUACCAGAUUCAAGUGUUGAAGCUGGUAUUCUACCACGACAAAUUCGCCGAUUGGUUGAAAGUAGACGUGAGGUUAAAAAACUUAUGGCUGCACCAGAUUUGGAACCUGAGCUAAAAAUGCAAUACCACAUUCGACAAAUGGCACUUAAACUAACAGCCAACUCUAUGUAUGGUUGUCUGGGUUUUGCGCAUUCUCGCUUCUAUGCACAACAUUUGGCAGCUUUGGUAACACAUAAAGGUCGAGAAAUUCUUAUGAAUACCAAAAGUCUUGUUCAGAAACUUAAUUACGAAGUUGUGUAUGGUGAUACAGACAGUAUCAUGAUAAACACAAACAGUUUGGAUUAUGAUCAGGUUUUCAAAAUUGGUCAUAGCAUAAAACAAACUGUAAAUAAGAUCUACAAACAAGUUGAACUCGAUAUAGAUGGUGUAUUCAAAUGUCUUCUAUUGCUAAAAAAGAAGAAAUAUGCUGCUGUUACUGUGAGUAAGACUCCAAAAGGUGAAUUGAAAUUUUCACAAGAACACAAAGGUUUGGAUAUAGUGCGUCGAGAUUGGUCACAAAUCUCUGUAAUGGUAGGAAAGAUUGUUCUCGAUGAAAUUCUAUCCGAUAAGCAACAUGAUGAUAAAAUAGAUGCUAUCCACAGUCAUUUGGAAAAAGUCAAAACAAACAUUGAAGAAGGCAGUGUUCCGCUACCGAUGUUUGUAAUUACCAAACAGCUGGCUAAAGCACCCAAAGAAUUCACUGGCAAUAGUGCCGUUACACAGUCGCAUGUGCAAGUUGCGUUGAGAAUGAAUGAAACAAGAAAUAGACGCUACAAGAAAGGAGACAUGGUGGACUAUAUAAUUUGUGAUGAUGGAACUGGCAACCCAGCUACUCAAAGAGCAUACCAUUUGGAUGAGAUUAAAUCGAGUGAAAAUUUAAAAGUCGAUAAAAUAUACUAUUUGGCUCAUCAAAUACAUCCGGUUAUUUGGAGAAUGUGUGAUCCAUUGGAGGGUACCGAUGCUAGCAGAAUUGCCCAAUGUCUUGGACUGGAUCCGAGUAAAUUUAAAAUGGCUGCACAAAGAUCCCAACAAGAAAAAAUGGAUGACGGUGUUGGUGAAUCGAUUGUUAAAUCAUCUUUGCAGAGAUUCCUUCAAUGUGAAAAAUUCGAAUUUUCCUGUAUAACCUGUAAGACGAAUAAUAUUGUAGCAUCUGCCUUCAAACCAGCUGCCAACAGAUCAUACGAUGCAGUUCUUGCAAAAUGUUCCAAUAACGAAUGCCGAGCGUGUCCUUAUCAGUAUGUGAUAUCGAUACGAAAUCAAUUGAUAUUGGCAAUGCGAAAACAUAUACGACGAUUUUAUGAAAAUUGGCUGGUUUGUGAUGAUCCAGCGUGUAAUAGCAACACAAGAAGAUAUUCUCAUGUAACACAUAGUCGAAGGCCAGUAUGUUUGACUUGUAAAAAAGGAAUACUUGUGCGGCAGUAUUCAGAGCGAGAUCUCUUCAAUCAGCUAACCUAUCUGCAGUACAUGUUUGAUCUGAGUAAACAUCAGCAAAAGAAUGUAAAUUUAACACCAGAAAUAGAACAAGCUUAUGCUAUGCUUAAGGAAACAGUAGAACAACAGUUAGACAAAUCAGCGUUUUGUACUAUAAGUUUGGCAAAGUUGUUUGCCCAGUUCACGUGUACAUAAUACGAUAUGCAAAAAAAAUACUAUAAUAAGUGCAUUUUCUUAAAAUUGUUUUUUCGUCACGUAUUUUUCUCGGUUUAAUAAAAUAAAUUGUACAUUAUUUUGCAAAUGUGUAUCACUUGCUUUAAAAAAUGAAGGAAU